AGUGGCCAGCAGGAGAGGCGCGGCUCAGAUGGAUGUCUUGUUAACUAAGCGAGAUUCUGCCUUGCUAGAUUCAUGUGAAAAUGCUUCGGAAGGAGACCGUAGCAGACAGGCCUUCCAAACCCAAGUAGUUUUGGGGAGCUGCAGAGAUGGUUGGUCCCAGCUAUAAAGCGGCAUUCACAGUCACUCUCCAGGAUCUUCUUGAGUAACAGUGUUUGACUGGAACCACAUACUGUGAACUCUCCAAGGAUGAGAGUCUGUGCUAAGUGGGUGCUGCUGUCACACUGGCUGGUUCUGGCCUACGUGUUAAUGGUCUGCUGUAAGCUGAUGUCCGCCUCAAGCCAGCACCUCCGGGGACAUGCAGGUCACCACCUGAUCAAGCAAGGUACUUGUGAGGUCGUUGCCGUGCACCGCUGCUGCAAUAAGAACCGCAUAGAGGAGCGCUCUCAGACAGUCAAAUGUUCCUGUUUCCCAGGCCAGGUGGCUGGCACAACUCGGGCACAGCCUUCUUGUGUUGAAGCUUCCAUUGUGACUGAGAAGUGGUGGUGCCACAUGGAUCCUUGCUUGGAAGGAGAGGACUGUAAAGUGCUUCCAGACUCCUCGGGUUGGUCCUGUAGCAGUGGUAAUAAAGUCAAAACCACAAAGGUUAGAGAAAAUCUGCAGCGUUAACUCUCCCAUACCCCACCAUUCCCCGUGGGCCACUCCCAAUAAACUCCCAAUCACCUAAGCCUACUUUACUCGCUAAGCGAAUUCUGCUUCUUGCUUCUGACUCCUUUCAAAUGUUCCCAUAAGUAUCUUCUAAAUAAAAAAUAUUGAAGUCUCCUA